AUUAGCUAGUGGCUGCCCAUGUGGGCUGGGCCCUUGCCCUACUAGGAGCUGUGACAGAGUCACCUAUUGGGCCCUACACCUUCAGGGCAACUCCCAGAGCAUGGAUCCCUCCUGAUUCCUCUCUGGCCCCAAUGUUCCUCACGGUCAAGCUGCUCUUGGGCCGAAGAUGCAGCCUGAAGGUAUCUGGAAAAGAAAGUGUGGCCACAUUGAAGAAACUGGUUUCUCAGCACCUACAGGUGCCCGAGGAGCAGCAGCACCUGCUGUUCCGAGGCCAGCUCCUGGCUGAUGACAAAUACCUCUCAGAUUACAGCAUUGGGCCCAACGCUUCCAUCAAUGUCAUCAUGCGGCCUCCAGAGGAUGCAGCGCUGGAUAAGACCCAUCAAACCCAGCCCCUGUGGCUCCAGCUGGGCCAGGUUCUAGACAAACAUUUUGGAGCAAAGGAUGCAAAGACAGUGCUGGGGUUUUUGAGGCAAGAGCAUGAGGAGCGUCUGCAGAGGCUGAGCCUGGAGGCCCUGGAGCAGUUGGUGGGCCAGCUCCUAGCACAACAGCAGCUUGACGAGCUGGCAGAGGAAAAGGAAGCCCCUGCUGUUGCAUCGGAACUCGAGCAAAACAAUGGAGGAGGAGGAGGAGGAGGAGGGACAGGAGGAGAAGGAGGAGGAAAGAAGGAAGAAGAGGAGGGUGAGGAGGCUGAUCAGUAAAUUGGCCUGUCCUUCUCUUGCUCACUAAACUUCCCCUGGACUGACUCUUCUAUGUUCUCGGGCAAUUUUUCUCUUUGCUUUCUCCUGAUGGAGUUGCAUUUGUCCUUCUUGCUAAACCGUUAAGUAGCUGGAAGAUAUCUGGAUCCUUCUAUGCCCUCUCACCCGUAGGCCCCCUUCUGAAGUGCAGAAUGAUUCUAGCACCAUCUCUCUGCUACAAGUGAUUUAAAUGGCCCAUGGUAUGCUAUAGGGACAGUCAGAGUUCACCCUGGCUCUGAGUGGAGCAGCUUUGCCAAAGCAUGCCUCAGAGAAAGUCUCCAUGGCUUGAGACAGAGCCACUUCUCCUUCAGAACAGACAGUGUGAGCCCAUUGUCCCUCCUCUUAGAACCCAGAUCCCCUGUAGUAUAGAGAGGAGGAAGCGCUGCCAGCUGCCCUUGAACUCGUGGUGAAGCUGGCCCUGCUGCCCUGCUUGUGGUUUCGUAUCUUCAGAGAUGGGACCACAGAGACAGGAGCUAGGGAAAGCGAUUGCAUGGGCCAGUCCUGGGGCUUGUGGAAACUCAGAUGAAGUCCCAGAGUAGCAGGAAAGAGUCCUAGACAGGAAAAAAGGUCUGUAAAUGGCUCACUCAUGGGUCCAGCCUAAAUAAAGUUAUGCCCACCCUAAAUAAAGUUAUGCCCACUAGC